GCAGAACUGGCGGCAAUCCGCGCCAAGGACAAGUCGCCGCAGCCCACUCCAGCCUACCAGCAGGUCCUCGAGAAGCAGCUGGCAGCCAUGAACUGCCGAAUCGAAGAGCUGCGGGAGCAUCUCGAAGAAGAGAUGACCAACUCUGAUGCCCUCAUGGCUUCUCAUGAAGAGGUUCUCGAGGUCGUUGAGAAACUCAAAAACGAAAAGUCACACCUCCACGAGAGGCUUAGCAAAAAGGAGGUGAAGCUGAAAAAGCAGGAGAGCAAGAGGAAAAAAGCUGUAGCUGCGCAGCAGAAAGCAGAGGCUCUGUUGCAGGCCAGCAAAGUCGAGCUGGAGUCAAAACUGCAGGACAAGGAGAGCGAGCAACAGAAAAUGGAGGAGUACUGGCAGGCAACUAAUGCGGAGCUGGAGGCCAAGCUCACAGACAGCGUGAGCAAGUUCAUGGAAGCUCUAAGUGCGCUGCAGAUGCUGGAGGCUUCUGGGAAGGAAAAAGACGCUCAUAUCAAGGAGAAGGAGGAGGCUUUCGUCAGGAGGACAAGUGAUCUGGAGCGGGAGUUGGGGGAAGCAGAGGCUUCCGUGAAGGAGAAGGAAAAGCGGCUGAAGGAGAAGGAGGAGGCGUCCUUCAUAAGGACAACUGAUUUGGAGCGGGAGUUGGAGGAAGCGAAGGCGCAG